AUGUCUACUGAACAAAAGAUCGUUCCAACCGCUCCAUCUCAAAACUUAUUGAACGACAAGUGGGAUGUUGUUUUAUCAAAUGCUUUGAUCAAGACCGGAUUAGGUUUCGGUGGUGGUGUCUUAUUAUCGGUGUUGGUUUUCAAGAGAAGGGCUUUCCCCGUCUGGCUCGGUAUUGGGUUCGGUUUAGGUAGAGGUUACUCUGAAGGUGACUCCAUCUUUAGAUCCAACCACGGUUUAAGAACCACUAAAGCCUAA